UUUCUCUCUCCUAUCUCCUCUUUCUCUCUCUUUCUCUCUUUCUUUCCGCUUUCUCUCUCUCCCUCUCUUUCCUUAAAAAUUUGAAUAUGGGUCCUCCUUCUACCGUUCAGUCUCUGCCUCAAUAUAAAUCAUUUGUUGUGUGAAUUUGUUUUUCUUCGUCAUUAUUACAAGCCAGAUCUGUUCCCAAAUUUUGGAACCCUAAAAUGGGAAUUGGGGAUCUUCAAGCCGCGCUCCUCUUUUUUGUGUGUUCUCUGUGGUUUAUGGAAAAAUGUAGAAAUGAUGAUGGCGUUCGGAUCGUGGGGUUUUCGUUUUGCGGCGAUUAGAUCGAGCAAGUUCCGAUUUUUUAAAGCGGAAGCGUUGCCAUGGAUGAUGAUGUGUUGAACAUGCCCAAUUGGGGUUAUUAUGAACCCUUCAGAGGGGGACAUCUUGGUCUGCAGCUCAUGCCUGGUAUGACUGAUCGAGACACCAAGCCAUAUCUGCCUGCUCGUGAUCCAGCUGUGUUAAUGGGUGCUAAUGGAACUUUUCACCCCAGAGAUUGCGUUGUUUCCGAAGCACCAAUGCCGUUGAACUAUGUCAGAGAUAAUUGGACAAGCCAAAGGGAAAGGUAUUUCAGUAUGCAGCAGCCCACAAAUCCUAAUUAUGCUGUUCUUCCUGAAACAUCAGUAGCUCCCAACUUGCAAAUUAUACAACCACCCGAUACAUCCAGAGAUGAGAAAGUGGAUAGAAUUGAAGAGUUAGUUGUCAAAAAGGAAGGUGGUCAGUCGAAGAAAAGGCAGACUAAGGGUGCUCUGACGACCCCAAAAGCUAAGAAACCUAGGAAGCCGAAGGAUAAUGGCAAUGUUCCAGUUCAACGUGUGAAGCCCCCGAAGAAGACUAUGGAGCUUGUAAUUAAUGGAAUUGAUAUGGACAUUUCUGGUCUGCCCAUUCCAGUUUGUUCGUGUACCGGGAGUCCUCAGCAGUGUUAUCGUUGGGGUUGUGGAGGUUGGCAAUCGGCCUGUUGCACCACAAAUGUGUCGAUAUAUCCUUUGCCAAUGAGCAUGAAAAGGCGUGGUGCUAGGAUAGCUGGGAGGAAAAUGAGCCAAGGUGCCUUUAAAAAGGUUUUAGAGAAACUUGCGGCUGAAGGAUAUAAUUUUGCUAACCCUAUUGAUCUGAAGACUCAUUGGGCGAGACAUGGCACCAACAAGUUUGUUACUAUCAGGUAGGUAGGUGCUGCUCAGGGCCUGAGACACAUGACAGUUGGUCUGUUUCACCUGUAUAUACACCUGUGUGGUCUUUCACACAGAUGUUGAGUUAUUUGUUAUCCAAGAAUUUUCUGUUGUGGUACUUCUACCUAAAAUUUGGAUAUUCCAGUUCUUUUGUUCUUUUUCCCUCUUCAGCUUUUAUGUGAUAAGGGGCAACCAUCUUAUAUGGCAUCAACAUUUAUGUAGAUGAGUUAUAACUAGAUAGACUAGUUUGGGAUAAUUCUCAUUCACCUUUAUUUAAA